AUGUACGUGAGCUACCUAUUGGAUAAGGAGGUGCCCAUGUACUCCAGCUCCGUGCGCCACUCGGGGGGGCUCAAUCUGGCGGCGCAGAACUUUGUCAGCGCCCCGCAAUACCCGGACUACGGAGGAUACCAUGUGGCCGCGGCCGGGGUGAACCUGGACAGCGCCCAGUCCCCGGGCCCCUCGUGGCCCUCUCCCUACGGCGCUCCGCUGCGGGAUGACUGGAACGGCUACGGGCAGGGGGGCCCGGCCACUGCGGCGGCCAGCGCGGUGCACGGGCUGAACGGCGGCGCCCCCGCCGCGGCCCUGGCCUACAGCCCGGCUGACUAUCACCACCACCACCACCACCACCACCCCCCGGGCCCGGCGCCCCACGCCUCCUCCGGGGGCAUGCAGCAGCUCAACCCGGGCGCCCCGGCCGCAGAACAGCUCUCCCCUGGCGGCCAGCGGCGGAAUCUGUGCGAGUGGAUGAGGAAGCCGACACAGCCCGCCCUGGGCGGCCAGGUUAAAACCAGGACAAAAGAUAAGUACCGCGUGGUGUACACGGACCAUCAGCGGCUGGAGCUGGAGAAGGAGUUUCAUUACAGCCGGUAUAUAACGAUCAGGAGGAAAGCAGAACUGGCCGCUACGCUGGGAUUGUCGGAGAGACAAAAAUCUGGUUCCAGAACAGGCGAGCGAAAGAAAGAAAGAUCAACAAGAAGAAAUUGCAGCAAUCGCAGCCCGGCGCGGUGCACAGCGGCUCGCAAGCGCUGAGCCCGGUCUCCUCCCUCCAGGGAUCAACGGGUCCUGGCCCAGCUGGGGGCGUCCUGGGAGCCGCUGGGGUCUUAGCGCCAUC